CCGGCUCGUGACCAUCUAUCUCAUCUUGGAAAUAAACGUUCAUCAUAUUUUCUCUCAUCUCAAAACUACCAGCCGAGGAGUAAGAUCAAAAUUUGAUUCUUCCAGCCGUUCCUCGAGUCUUGCCCCUUCGUAGCUCUUUACUUCCUUUCAUCUUGUUUCUUUAUUUUUCCAAAUCUUGCAUCUACGAUGAGUUCCAGCGUACCACCUUGGCGCUCUACCGCGUCAGGCACAAUGUCUACUGCAUUUCCUCCAACUGCAGCUCCAGCAUACACUCCAGUUCAAGCGCGUCGUAGCCUCGCCCACCACACCAAGCCAACAAAUACCGUUCCCCCCCAGCCCAUCCAGUCGGCAUCACCGGACACCGAAGCCCGGGCGCGAGUGGAGUUCCCACCACCCGUACGCUCAUAUGUGCAACGCUGCUUUGCUCCCGAAAACCAGGUUGCAAGCGUGAGCAUCCCUGAAAUGCAGGAGAAAUUGAGGCACGUCAUUACGGAGGCAGCCCAGAAUGACAAGUUGGGAUUGAUCGACUGGGAAAGGCUACCUUUGCCCCAAACUAUGGUGCAAAAUGAACGCAACAAAAUCCUGGCCAACCCCAGCUCUUCAAACUGGGCGUCCAGUCACCCAGCUUCUCCGGGUGAUGCCACACGGAAGCGAAAGUCAACUGAUGGCCAUCAUUCGGAGACUGGGUCGCCGCCAUGGAGAAAAGCUAACCGCAAUCGUUUUGAAGAUCGAGUUACUCACCCUACCACAGAGAAAAAACCACGCAUAACACUGGACCAGUCUAGUAAGUCCAAAGCUAAUUUGGAGAUGAGGAGGAAGCGUUUUGAGGGAGUGGGGGGCAGCGGGAACUCCCCCUCUUCUCCUGCAGCAUCGCCGAUGCGUGUUGCCGACGCGGAUCAAGGCCCCGUUGUCGGGCGAUGCCAGACAUUGGAGAAGAACUACUUCCGAUUGACCUCUGCUCCCAACCCGGACAGUGUUCGUCCUCUUCCGGUUUUACAAAAGGCCCUGGAUCUAUUGAAGAGAAAAUGGAAGCACGAUGGCAAUUACGGGUACAUCUGUGACCAGUUCAAGUCUUUGCGUCAAGACCUAACGGUCCAGCGCAUCCGAAAUGAGUUCACUGUCGUUGUCUACGAAAUCCACGCGCGCAUCGCCUUGGAAAAAGGGGAUCUUGGUGAGUACAACCAGUGCCAGACCCAGCUACGAGUUCUGUAUGCGCAACAGCUGGGAGGACACCCGACGGAAUUCAAGGCCUAUCGUAUUCUCUAUUUCAUUUACACACGGAACUGGACGGCGAUGAACGACGCACUAGCCGACGUGACUGCAGAAGAUAAGAAAGACCUCGCCGUGAAACAUGCCCUAGAUGUCCGCUCUGCCCUUGCACUCGGGAACUACCAUCGUUUCUUCCAGCUAUACCUUGAUACGCCGAAUAUGGGAGCCUACCUCAUGGACAUGUUUGUCGAUCGUGAGCGGUUGAGUGCUCUUGCAACCAUGUGUAGAGCAUACAAACCAGAUGUCAACAUCCGAUUUAUCACAGAAGAGCUUGGAUUCGAGUCCGAUGAGCAGACCGCACGUUUUGUUCUAGACAACUCCUCCGAAGAAUUGCUAGAGGAAAGGAACGGCGCUGUAAGGCUGUUGACAGGCAAAGCAGGCUCGCUCUUCGAUCAAGCCAAAGCAGCCGCCCACCGUGUCGUCGAUAUCAAAGGCCAGAUCUAACCCAGUUCUCAUUGUGCAUCCCUUUCUUGCGCCGAGGAUCAUAAACCAUUGGAUCUCAGUCAAAGCCAUUUUCUUAUUUCUUUUUUUUUUGGCGUAUUUUCAAAAGCGGCAGGCGUUCACCACAUACGUCCACACACAUGGUUACAACAUAGCCUUUCGAGAGUUCUUAUUUUUUUUUUUUUUCGUUGCCUUUUCUUUCUCGUUCUCGACAUCAUCCUCCGGAUUUCUUUUUCACAGGAUUGCCAGCGGAAUUACAACGAUACUAACACCCCCGGCGGCGUCUGAUUCUGGAGUUGAUCAAUUUCUUUUGGAGCACCAGAGGGCAAAACAUGUGCUCUUUGACUCGGUCUGAUGAAGAGAGGCGAUUGCACAUUGGCAUAGUAAAUACCUACAACAUUCAAUCUAUCCAGUACUUAUCCCAUAUGCAAAGUUCUGCCUUGAGUAGAUUAACUCACCUCCAAUUC